GUAAGGUACGGACGUGAAAUGAAUAUACUGCGCUCGCUUCACCGACAACGACGACGGUAUUGAAAAAAAAAACAACAUAAAAUGAAAAAUCAAAUUUUUUCCUUCUUCAACAUACAAAAAUAGUACGCCAUUUUGGUAAAAUCGGAGUCUAAAUUUCGUAUCUUGUCGGACGUGAAAUUUUAUUUCUCUUAAUUCUGGCUAAAUUUUAUACAUUUUAAUUAAAAUAGCUAAUUGAUAUUAGUGCAUUUUGGUUUUUCAGAUAAAAUAAAUAAUUUUUAGUAAACGUUUAUGGAAUACAUACAUGUUUUUUUGUACUAUGCAAGUGUAUAAUGUAAUUUAUUGUGAAUUUAAGAGAAACUAUGAAACUAUUAUCUUAAAGAUAGAACAAAAAUAUAAAAACUCCAAUUUUUAUUAAGAUAAAUAUGUGAAUCUGAAUUAUUAAAUAAGGUUUUAGAGAAUAUUUUCAAUUAAAUAUCAGACAAAAAAAAAAAAAUUAACAAAUACUUAAAUGAAAACUUAAAAAAAAAAUUAAAUGAUAUCUAUGUACAUUUUAAUUAAAAAAUUAAUAAAUAAGGUGUUCCAUUGUUGAAAUUGAAACGAAGAAAAAGUCUAGAUGAGAUGAAAAAGACUUAUAUUGCAAGAACUAUCUGAAUAUACUUUUUUUUGAUAUUUUUCAAACUAAAUAUGCUACUAGUAAAGAAUUCCUAUAAGAGAAUAUUAAGUAAUCAACGUAAUAAGAAGAAAUGCGCUAGAAAAUUUAAACUUAAGGAACAUGUACAAAAGUUUUCAAAACUUUUUUCGAAUAUUUCAAAGAAAAAGAAUUAUAUGAUUAUUGAAUUUUUCGAAAAGUAUCGCAAAGCAACAACAAUAACAUUGGAAAACAACACAAGUGCAUUUCAUAAAAUUAAAAAAUUCAUCUAUGGUGAUUUUUUCACAAUUAUUGAUAUAUUGAAUAAAAUUUCCUUAUCAACAGUAGCAUUAAGUGCAGGAUACAAUUAUUUUAACAAAGACAACUGUGACGACGAUCAUAUUAUUGCCAAUAAGAGUAAGAAAGUUGAAAGUAUAAGUGCAUUAUUAAUAAAACUAAGAUCAUUACCUUCGGUAUCGAGUUUUAAAAUAUUUUCAUAUAUGUUAUGAAGUUCGUAAAAUAAAUACGAUCAUUACUCUAUAAUUACGAUUUCUAUUUUCAAAACAAUCACCUACAUCACCACUUUAACUUAGAAAUAAUAUAAGGCAUAAAAUUACCUACAACAAUUUUGACUGUUGCUUUAACCAAAUAAAUAAACUAAAAAUGAUCGGAAGUUAUAAAACUACCUAAUCAUAAUUAAAAUAAUAUAUAAAAACUAAUCUAAUAUUGAAAACAUUUUUAUUUGUAAAUUAAAAAAAUUUUAUUAAAGACUUUUAUAAUAAAAUUUACAUUUUUUGUUUUAAUUGGGCAUAAUAAGUUAUUUGAAAUUCAGCCACUUAUUUUUGAUUUGAUUCUUUGAAAAAUGCUUGCAAAUUUAUUUUCUAAUUUAGUUAAUAUAUAAUUACUAAUUUUAGAUUGUAAUCUAUACAUUUUAUAAUAUUUUAAUAUAUAAAACCGUACUUACACAAAUUUUAAUAUAAAUUCCCAUUAAUAAAUUUAAGGAUCAUCAGAAUAAAUACACCGAAAAGUUAUCACUGUAUAUGGGACGGAAAGAUAUACUAAAACAAGGCGAAAAAGAAACAAAAAGUGGUGCCAAUUUAGUUAUUUUUUUAUUUUAAAAGCAUUCAGUUUUGAUUGAAAUAUUGUGUUAAACAUUUUUAUAUUCAACUGUAAGAAGGAUAAUGUGCUACUUUAUAAUGAAAAGAAAUAAAAAGUCAAAAUUUUUGAAAAUUGAAACGAUAAAUUUUCAAUUUGAAAAAAAGCUAAUAAAUGCUUCAUAAUUAAUAUAAUAAACGCGAAAAGUAAUUUUAGGUAUAGAAAAUGUUACAAAAAUUAAACCAUCUGAUUAAUAAUGAUAAUUUAUGGAGAAAUAAUAUAUUACAACAUUCAGCAAUUCGAUCAACAGAAACAGUAAUUACAGUAGCAAAGUCAUUUAAGAUAACAACAACAUCAAUAUUUUCAACAACAGAAGAAACAAUAAAAAUAAAAACAGGAAAAAAAUACCGAAAUAAAAUUAAUUUUGCAUUAAAAAAUAAUAGUAUUCAAACAAAAGUGAUGUUAAGUUAUUGUCAACAUAAUAAACAAAAUAAAUUAAGAAAGAAACAAAAAUUCAGAAAAAAAGACUCAUUCAAACUGUAUUUUUAAUUAUAAAUUAAAUAUUAAUUUUUAAAUAUAUCUUACACAUUUUUUUGCUGUUUAUUUGAAAAUAUGAAAAAUAUAAAAAUUUAAAAAAAAACAAGAUUUUGUUUUUAAAUUUGAAGUUUUGGAAACUUGGUGUGUAUACUUUAAUAACAUUAAACUACUACAUAAAUGUAUGAUGUAUAUAUAGAGAUUUUUACCUAUUCAAAUUAUAAAAAAAGAAAAACAUUUAAAAUAAUAUUAAAAUAAAGAUUUCAGUUCAAAGAGUCAAUAAUAAAAAAAAUAUAACAAAUUAUAUAUUAAAUUUAAUAAAAAAUAGGACAGAAACAAAACCUAAUAUAAAAAAAAACAAUAUAAAAUUAUCAAAGAAAAAAACAAUAUAAAGAAAACAAAAUAAAACGAAAACUUUUUUUAUAUAACUUGAGUAAUAUAAAACAUUAAAAAUUCGUAUUAAAAACACAUUAACCACUAUGGCGGAUCAUCUAGAUGAGCCGCCUCAAAAGAGGGUCAAAAUGGAAAGUUUUCGACAAACAUCUGACCAAGAUGCUCUUUCCAAUUAUGACAUAUUUGGUUUGGAAGAUAAUCUUCCAGAUGAAUUAGUAUCUACUGGAAAUUCAGGUGGUUGGGUUGAUCAACUUACUGGCAAUAAGCCACCUGCACAAGGACCUGGGCCAGGACAAAUGAAUGGCGAGGAUCCUACAGGUGGUGUAGGAGUAGGACCGCAAGUAACAGCUGGCGGCCCUGGUGGUUUACCAAGCAAUGUAGCGUUAAGAAUGCAGCAGCAACAAUUUUUAAUGCAACAGGGAAAUAAGAAUUUAGUUGGAAAUGCGUUGAGUAUGGGUCCUUUAGGUAGUAAAAGCCCAAAUUUACAGUCACCUUCCGGUUUACAAGGUAAUAUGUCAAAUAUGGUUGGUGGAAUGAUUAAUUCAAUGUCAAUGUCAAUUGCAAACAAUGGUACUCAAAACAUGAAUAUGCAAGGCAUGAAUAGUAUUGCUUCACAAGGAGGAAUUGGAAACGUAAUUUUAACGAAUAGUAAUCUUGGUCCAAUGGGUAUGCAAGGCACUGGUGGUAUGGUAACGUCUAACCUAAAACAACAAUUGAGCGGAGGUGGCAAUACUUUAUUAGGCCCAGGUGUUCAAGGUAAUUUAAUUGGUGGUGGUGGUCCUCAAGGCAACGCGAUGCAUCAUGGUGGAGGCUUAGGAGGAUCACAUCCAGGAGUUCAAUCAAUACAGAAUGGUCCUAUAAUGAAUGUAUCUGUUGGUAACCGUAUGAUGUCGCAGCAACAUGCAAUUAUGCGUGGUCCAAAUCCACAUUUAAUGCCAGGAGGCGGUGCCGGUGGUGCAAAUGUUGUUGGAGGUCCUGUCGGUAAUGCAGGACCCCGUAUGCAAAAUCCAAAUAUACCAAAUAUUGGCAAUUUUUCGAACACAACAAAAAUUUUAAGCAACCAAUUUACCCAAUCUCAGACAGGUAAUGUAAAUUUAGGACAAAUAACUAUGGGAGGAGCGGGUGGUCCAAAUGGACCUUAUGGCAGUGCCUAUGCAGGAGGUAAUCCAAAUCAACAGCAACAGAGUAAUGUGAAUGUGGUAAAUCAAUCGGUAGCAGCCGCACUUGGUGGACCACAACAACAGAACAUGAUAACAAUUGCUCAGCAACGGACUGUACCUCCAAAUAUGUUGAUGCAACAACAAGCAGCCGCAGCAGCGGCGGUUGCAGCACAACAGCAACAACAACAACAAUUGCAACAACAACAGCAGGGAAAUCGACCUGGGGGCCCCAUUGGUUCAAGUAUUGCGCCAGGAGGAAUCGUUGGGAAUGAUGGACAAAAUGUUAUUGGUGGUAAUCCCGGGAAUAAUCCUAGCGGAUUGGUAGGUCAACAAGGAGGCUUAAAUGCACCACAGCAAUCUAUAGCGCCAACUGGGGUCCAACAGCAAAGGCCACCUUCAUUAUUAAGUCAACAGCAAGCGCAACAACAACAAAAUACACAGCAGCAACAGCAGCAACAACAGCAGCAGCAGCAGCAACAAAAUCAAAUACAACAACAGGCUGGUGGUCCAGCAGGGCAAUCUGGACAACCCGGUCAACCAAAUCCAAUACAACAACAAGCAGCUUCGGAUAAAAAGAAACAAAUUCAGCAACAGUUAAUGCUUUUACUUCACGCACACAAAUGUACACGACGAGAGAACGAAAAUCCAAAUAAUCCGCCAGAUUGUAAAAUACCGCAUUGUAAGACAAUGAAAGAUGUUCUAGCUCAUAUGGCUACAUGCAAAGCUAAUAAAGAUUGUUCAGUGGCACAUUGUAUAUCAUCACGACAAAUUUUGGUUCAUUGGAAAUCAUGUCAACGCCCUGAUUGCGGGAUUUGUUUACCUUUUCGGCAAGGAGAUAAGCUACGCCAACCAGGUACAUCAGGAAUGCAACAGCAACUACAGCAACAGCAACAGCAACAACAACAGCAGCAACAACAACAACAACAGCAACAACAGCAACAACAACAACAGCAACAACAACAUCAACAACAGCAACAGCAACCGCAACAACAAAAUCAACAAAACGUUCCAAUAACUACAAAUGUACAACAAAACCAAACUGGUGCUGGUUCCGUUCAACAAGCUAAUCAAUUAUCAGGACAAAUCAUGGGCUUAAAUCAGCAGCAAACGCAGCAACCAAACUCGUCAACGUCCACAGCGACUCAGAUAAAUCAACAGAAAUUGAAUCAAAGUGAUUUUGAAAAGCAAUUGGUUCAACAACAACAACAGCAGCAGCAAAAGCAGAGCAACCGAUUUGAACAAAUGCAAGGAUCUAUGUCAGGCUCAGUAACUAACGCAAAUCUCAUGUCUACCAAUCAAGGGCAACCUCAAAUGACAACAGGCCUGGUCGGUAACACUAAUGUUCGUAUGCCAAAUGCAACUGCAGGUGGUGUUCAAGUUUUACUACCAAAUAGACAAGGGCAACCGAAUCAACUUGCUGGAAACAUUUUAAUGUCACCAGAUUUGCCUACUGGAACCCCUCAACAACAACAACUGCUAGGACAGAAUAUUUUAAGUGGACAUGUUGUUUCAUUAGGAAGUCAACAGCAAGGAAAUUUGUCAGCAAUGCAACAACAACAGCAGCAACAGCAGCAGCAGCAGCAGCAAGCACAAUUAAAUUCAAAUAAUCAAAGUAGUGUUGGAGUACCUGGUGGUCCUGCAAAUAAUUCUGCUGUGCAAGCCGGGCCAGGAGGACAAAACAUUCCAAUGUUUAAUAAUUCUAAUACAACGUCAAGUGGUCCGUCAUCGGUAGGUGACGGUACCACUAAACCUAUUACAGGAGUACAAUUGCAGCAACAAAUGAAUAAGCUAGCUUCAAAUCCUGGUGCACCUCCACAGUUGCCCCCAGGUAUGCCUUCUGUUUCAACAAUGCCAUCCGGUGUUACAAAAGAUUGGCACAGUUCAGUUACAGCUGAUUUACGUAAUCAUUUAGUACACAAAUUAGUUCAAGCCAUAUUUCCAACAUCAGAUCCCAAUACGAUGAUGGAUAAAAGAAUGCAUAAUCUCGUUUCAUAUGCUGAAAAAGUUGAAAAAGACAUGUAUGAAAUGGCAAAUUGCAGAUCAGAAUACUAUCAUCUUCUGGCUGAAAAAAUUUAUAAAAUUCAAAAGGAGCUGGAAGAAAAACGUCAAAAAAGGAAAGAACAACAACUGUUAUUGCAACAACAGCAACAACAACAACAACAACAGCAGCAGCAAAAUUUGCAACCGGGUGGACCAGGAGGAACACAAGGAUUGCCUCCUGGAUGUAAUCCAAACGCAACCAUUGGCCAAAUUCGACCUAAUAGUGCUAAUUUGAUUCCCGGAGGAAUGGUUAGUCCUUUAGGGAAUGUAAAUGUAAAUACUAUGCAGGGUGUUAUGCGAGUUCCUGGUCCAAAUCCUGGUGGAUUAGUUAGCCAAACACAAGCCCAAGUUGCAGCUGCAAUGAGGUCGCAUUCACCGGGAAGUUUGCCUGUCCAAAAUAUGGCUGCAAUGCAAGCGCGUAUGCAAUUUAAUCCGAAUCAGCAAAAUAAUAAUGCCAACAGCGCUAAUAAUUCUGCAAUGUUAGUGGCACAAUCAGGACCUAGUCCUAACGGUUUAGGUGCAAAUAUGCAAAAUCCGGUUUUAUCGCCAUUUCAAAAUCAAGGACCACUUUUAGGUAAUGCGGGACCGAACAACGCUGGAAAUAUGUCAGCCACAGGAAGUCCAUUCAUUAAUGCGAAUUCAGGCCCGGUAAAUGCAAAUACAAACGGUCCCAAUGUACAUACAGCAGCCAAUAUUAAUCAAUUUAAUGAAAUUAUGUUAAAAUCGUCAAGACAACAGCAACAGCAGCAACAGCAACAACAACAGCAGCAGCAGCAAUCGCAACAACAAACUAGUCAGCUAUCCGCCCAAACUUUACAGAAUCUACCACAAGCUCCAUCACCAUUUAGUAAUCAACAAUCGUCUGCCGGCCAGAUUACACAAAAUUCAACCCCUAAUACAAAUGCGUUUGUACGUAAUAGCAAUAGUAAUUCAAAUAUGCCACCAACACCGACGUCAGUUUUAGAUCAAUUAAAUAGUGUAUCCAAUUCGAAUUCAGUUGGUGGUAACAGUUCAGUCGUUGGUAUGACAGCGGCAACCGUUAUGGCUGGAAAUAAUCAACAGCAACAGCAACAAAAUAGUAUGGUACCAGUUCCAAGUCCUUCACCGUCAUUGUCUUCAAAUGGACCAGUACAAGUUGGUACGCCGAGCGGUCCUCCAAGUGUUCCAUCAAUGAUACAGUCACUAACUAGCACUGCAGCGGGUAUGGCAACAGAACAUCCCACUCCAACACCACCUUUAAUGACAUCACCCGUACAAAAUAAUUCCACAACAGUCACGCCAUCUGUUACGCCUACACUGCAAAAUAGUAUAGGAAAAGGGGGUAAUAGUAACAGCAGUAGUACUGGUGGUAACUCAAUGCCUCUUCCACCGAGCAGGCCAGCUUCUGCGUCAACGAAUUUAUCGUCUCAAAUGGCAGCUUUGGAAGCGGCUACUCGUGAUAAUGAUGAUACACCGCCAUCACCGCCUGAUAAUCAAAGUGGUGGCGUAUCACAAAAAGGCAAAUUAGAUUCAAUAAAGAAUGAAGAUGAUAUUAAAAAGGAAAUGGAUGAUGACAACGAUAUGGAUUCAUCUGGUGCUGGAGCUGGUAAGAAUGCAAAUAAUGAUGAUAGUGAAAUUAAACAGGAAAUAAAAUCAGAACCUAUGGAUGGUGAUAAUAGCAAUAGUACUGUAGUAAAAAGUGAAGAUGUUAAAAUAGAUGUUAAAAUUAAGGAUGAGCCAAUGUCACCCAAUUCAACAGCAGAAAAAAUUAAAGCACCUGUAUCUGAACCAACGACAACAAGUACAACCGAAAAACAAAAGAAAUGCGUUUUUGACCCAGAGGAAUUAAGACAAGCAUUGAUGCCUACUCUAGAAAAAUUAAUCAGGCAAGAUCCAGAAUCUAUGCCAUUUAGAACACCAGUUAAUCCACAAGCUCUAGGUAUUCCGGAUUAUUUUGACAUUGUGAAAAGGCCAAUGGAUUUAGGCACCAUUAAAGACAAUUUAAUUAGUGGAAAAUAUGCUGAUCCAUGGGAAUAUGUAGAUGAUGUUUGGCUGAUGUUUGACAAUGCUUGGUUGUAUAACAGAAAAACUUCAAGAGUAUAUCGAUAUUGUACCAAACUUUCCGAAAUUUUUGAACAAGAAAUUGAUCCAGUUAUGCAAAGUCUAGGAUAUUGUUGUGGUCGUAAAUAUACAUUUAAUCCCCAGGUUUUGUGCUGUUAUGGAAAACAAUUAUGUACAAUUUCUCGUGAUGCUAAAUAUUACAGUUAUCAAAACAGUCUAAAGGCAUAUGGUGUUGUUUCCGAUAGAUAUACAUUCUGCCAAAAAUGUUUCAAUGAUAUACCCGGUGAUACAGUAACAUUAGGGGAUGAUCCAAUGCAAUCACAAACUCAAAUUAAAAAAGAUCAAUUUAAAGAAAUGAAAAAUGAUCAUCUUGAAUUAGAACCAUUUGUUGAUUGCCAAGAAUGUGGUAGAAAACAACAUCAGAUUUGUGUGCUUUAUUUGGAAAGUAUUUGGUCUGGUGGUUUUACAUGUACCAAUUGCAUGAAGAUGAAAGGCAUUAAACGUAAAGAAAAUAAAUUUUCUGCGAAACGUUUACCAACAACAAAACUAGGUAUAUACAUAGAAACGCGUGUUAAUAAUUUCUUGAAAAAGAAAGAAGCUGGUGCUGGAGAGGUACAUAUACGUGUUGUAUCAAGUUCUGAUAAAAUAGUGGAAGUCAAACCUGGAAUGAGGCGACGUUUUGUUGAAAACAAUGAAUUAUGUGGAGAAUUUCCAUAUAGAGCAAAAGCAUUGUUUGCUUUUGAAGAAGUUGAUGGUAUUGAUGUAUGUUUCUUUGGUAUGCAUGUGCAAGAAUAUGGCUCCGAAUGUCCAGCGCCGAAUACACGUAGAGUGUAUAUAGCUUAUCUAGACUCAGUACAUUUCUUUAGACCGAGACAAUAUCGUACAGCUGUUUAUCAUGAAAUAUUAUUAGGCUAUAUGGAUUAUGUCAAACAGUUAGGCUUUACAAUGGCGCACAUUUGGGCCUGUCCACCAUCUGAAGGUGAUGAUUAUAUAUUUCACUGUCAUCCUCCAGAUCAAAAGAUUCCAAAACCAAAACGCCUUCAGGAAUGGUAUAAGAAAAUGCUUGAUAAAGGAAUGAUAGAGCGUACAAUACAAGAUUACAAGGACAUAUUAAAACAGGCUAUGGAGGACAAAUUGAAUUCGGCCGCUGAAUUGCCAUAUUUUGAAGGGGACUUUUGGCCUAAUGUCUUAGAAGAAAGUAUUAAAGAAUUAGAUCAGGAGGAAGAAGAAAAACGGAAACAGGCUGAAGCAGCGGAAGCUGCAGCAAACGCUGCUGUAAGUAUGUUCUCAGUUAACGAAGACAAUGAAGCGAGUGGUGAUGGUAAGAAAAAAGGAUCACAAAAGAAAGCUAAAAAAUCUAAUAAAUCAAAAGCCAAUCAAAGAAAGAAUAAUAAAAAAGCGAGUGAACAGCAAAAUGGAAAUGAUUUAAGUGCUAAAAUUUUUGCAACGAUGGAAAAACAUAAAGAAGUGUUCUUCGUAAUUCGUUUGCACUCAAUACAAUCAGCAGCUAGUUUAGCGCCAAUUCAAGACCCCGAUCCAUUAAUGAACUGUGAUUUAAUGGAUGGUCGUGACGCAUUUUUAACAAUGGCCCGUGAUAAGCAUUUCGAAUUUUCAUCUUUACGACGAGCUCAAUUUAGUACUUUAAAUAUGCUUUAUGAGCUACACAAUCAAGGACAAGAUAAGUUUGUUUACACUUGUAAUAAUUGUAAAACUCCCGUGGAGACUCGUUACCACUGUACUGUCUGUGAUGAUUUUGAUUUAUGUAUGAAUUGUAAAGAAAAAGUUGGACAUCCGCAUAAAAUGGAAAGGCUCGGUCUUGAUUUGGACGAUGGAACUUCGCCUGGAAAUGAUGCAAGUAAACAAGCAAAUCCACAAGAAGCCCGCAAGCAGUCUAUUCAACGUUGUAUCCAAUCUUUGGUGCACGCAUGUCAAUGUCGAGAUGCUAAUUGCCGUUUACCAUCUUGUCAAAAGAUGAAACGCGUUGUACAACAUACGAAAAAUUGCAAAAGAAAAACGAAUGGAGGUUGUCCUAUUUGCAAGCAGCUUAUUGCCUUAUGUUGUUAUCAUGCUAAGCAUUGUCAAGAAGCUAAAUGUAUGGUUCCGUUUUGUCCCAAUAUUAAACAUAAACUCAAACAACAACAGCUACAGCAAAGGCUGCAGCAAGCUCAAUUAUUGCGGCGUCGUAUGGCUGUUAUGAACACCAGAACUAUAGCUCCAACUAAUCAGACUGUUUUGCCUCCAGGCGGCGUGCCUACUAUGCAAGGAACUCCAGUUGUGGGAGCACCUGGGUCAGGUGGAAUGAGUCCACAAACAGUAUCUUCACCUGUUAACCCAAUGAGUGGCAUGACUAGUCCGCAUCAUCCUAGUAUGGGAAUGAAGCCAGGAAUGCAAACUCCAUCUCCCAAUGUGUUGCAAGUAGUGAAACAAGUUCAAGAAGAGGCUGCACGACAACAAGUUCCUUCAAACGGCGGUUUUGGAAAAGUUGUCCCAACUGGUCCACAAAUGGCGCCACCAAAUAUGCAAAGGCAGUUCAGUGUUGGAGUUGUUCCAAAUCAACCAGUGCAACAGCAGAUGGGUGUUCAAAUGGGACCAUCUGGUCCAACAGCUACUGGAAAUAAUCUUUUACCUAUGGAACAAUGGGGUAAUCGAUAUCCGAAUAAUGCAAAUCAACCAGGUUUGAGACCACCCACGCAGCAAAUGAUGCAACAGAGUGGAAUGCAGAAUCAGAACAUGAUGCAAAUGGUUAAUCCGGGUAAUUCAGGUCAAAUGAAUCAAUUAGCAAUGAGACCGCAGGGAGGUCAACCCGUUCAGCAAGGAAUGGGCGGAGGUGGCGGUGGUCAACAGCCUAAUUUAGCUUUGAAUACACAACAAUUGACCCAAAUAAUGCAAAAAAUUAAGAAUAACCCGUCAAAUGAGGGGCACAAUCAAAUAUUACAAAUGCUAAAAUCUAACCCUCAAAUUAUGGCUGCUAUAAUAAAAUCACGUCAACAAAGCCAAAAUCAGGCUGGAAAUGCUGGUGCUAGCGGGAGUGGUGCAGGUGUUCCGCAAGGUAAUCCUCAGACAUCACAAGGUCCUGGUGGUCCGAUGGGAGGUAAUUCAGGAGGAAUGGGACCACAACAAGGAACGCAUUUACAACAAAUGAUGACUCAACAGCAGCCACAGCAUCCAAAUCAAGUCGUUAUGAAUCCCAAUCAAGUUCCCCACAAUCGAAUGCCCAUGCAAAAUCCUGGUAUGAUGCAAGGUGCAGGUGGAAUGCAGCAAGGACCGCCUGUGCAAAAUGCUGCUUGGUAUAAACAACAACAAAUGCUUAGGCAAAUGCAAAUAACACAAAAUUAUCCGGCUCCGCCAUAUCCACAAAGACCGCGAGCCCCACAAAUGGGUCAGAUGGGUCCUGGAGGAGGUCCAGGUGGCCCUGGUGGAAUGGGUCCUGGUCAAUUUCAAGGAGGUGUGAAUACUGGUGGCGGAAGUUUUAAUCCGGCAGAUCAAUAUGCAAUGCAACAAGGGCUUAAACCAUCACAAGCAAUUGGUGUACCAGGUGGUGUAGGUGUAGGUGUCGGUGGUGGAGGAAUGGGAGGACCUGGUGGACAGUUAAUGUCUCCUGGUGGUGUCCCGUUAGGUGCCGCUGGCUUAGGUGGUGGUGUUGGGGUUGGAGUUGGUUCUGUUGUUAAUCCUCUUCAAUCCGGUCAACAGAAUGUUAUGGGACCACCUCAUACAAUGCAGCAACAAUUAAUGCAAUCGCCACCACCUAUACGUAGUCCACAACCAACACCAUCGCCCAGGUCAGCACCAUCUCCCCGCGCACAACCAUCAGCAUCACCAAGAGCACAACCAUCACCUCAUCAUUUACCGUCGCAUUCACCAGCUCCACAAAAUGUUGGUAAUCCUAAUGACAUGCAUAACCACAUGCAUCCACAUCAAUCUCCACUUGGGCCUGGGGGUCCUGGUGGUGGAGGAGGCGGUGUACCAAACGAUGGUGGACCUGGUGGUGUUGGUGGUCCAACUGGUGACGCUGCAUUGACUGCACAAGAUCAACUAACAAAAUUUGUGGAACAACUUUAGUAUAACUAGUUAUUAUAUAAUUAAAAAAGAGUGUAUAAAAAAUUAUUAAAGAAAUUAAAGAAAAAUAAAUCAUUAUUUUUAAAGAUGUAAUUGAAAGAGAUGAGUUGUUACUUACGCAACUUUGAGAUAUAAUAAUCAAACGUAAAUAAAUAAAGUCAAAUCGUGACAAAUAUAAAACAAAAUCGUUUAUUUAAGCUUUAAAUUUAAGAAAUUAUUGUUCGAUUAUUAUAAAAAGUAUAUUUACAUAUUUAUAUAAACAUAUAUGUACACAAAUAUAAACACAUAUAUGUACGGACAUGUAUAUAUACAUAUGUUAAUAUAUACCAAAUGUAUGAAAUAUAUUUAUAUAUUUGAAGCACGAUAAAUUAAAGUACAUACAUGUAUUAAAAACAACGCCUAUGUAAAAAUAAACAAAAAAUUUAAAAUUAAAACUUAGAAAUAUUUUAGGUAAUUUUUCUAUUAAUUUGUAGAGUUUUUAGUCUUGUAAAUAUUAAAAAAAAAAACAUAAAUUUAAUUAAUAUGACAAAUACUUUGUUUUAAAUUCGUAGAGAUAGGGUUAAAAAAAUAAACAAAAAAAAACCAAAAUAAUUUUCAUUAUUACAAAAAUUUAAAAUUUAUUCAUAGAAAGCAGUUAUUGGAACGUAGCGUUAGAAAUAUUUAACAAAUAUUAGUAGUUAAGUAAUGAUUUAUGAAAUAAAAUAUUUUAAAAUUAUAAUUAAAAAUAUAUAUCAAUAUAUAUAUAUAUGUAUAUAUGUUUAUAUAUAUAUAAAUUGAAAAUGAUUUAAAUAUGUAAAUUUAGUAUAUGUAUAAAUUAAAAACAAGCAAAAAGAGUAUUUUUAAAAUUUAUAGGUUAUUACUAUUGUUUUUAUUUUUUCUAAAUAACUACACGUAUAACACAUAUUAUAUAAUAUAUACGUAUAUAUUUUAUAUAUAUUUUGCAAUCAAGAAAGAAUACUUUUUUUUAUUUUUGAUUUUCUUAAUUAAUUUUUUAGUUCAUUAUUUAAUAAAUUAUGUACGGGAAAUCGUUGACGUAAAACAUCUUUUUCGUAGCUUUUCUAAAAUUAAUCUUAAAAAUCGCAAAAUAAUAAUAAUAACAUUAGGAAAUAAUAUUAAAAAAUUUUAAUUUUAAUAAAAUUACAUCUAUAAAGAAAACGUAUAAAAUAUUUAGAAAAUCGUCAUUUUAAACAAGAAAUAAAUUAUAUCAUUAUAAUAAAAUGGUUAAACAUAAUUUGCUUAGAAAUUUAAAUAGUAAAAAUGAAUCAAUAUUUUAGGAUUAACAAAAAUUAAAAGAAAUUUAUAGUAUGACAAAAUAACAAAUAUACUGUGACACUAAAUGGAGUAGUUUAAUAUUCUAUUCUGUUUUUAAUUUUCUAGUAAAAAAAUACUUCAAUUAAUUCAAAAUCGCUAUCUGAUAAGUUUGUAAAUGAUUAUGAUGGAAACAAUAAAAGUGAUAAUUGAAAAGUUUUUUCCAAGUCGAUAUUUUUUUUCCAAACUUAAUCAACUUCCUUUUCAAAACUCAAAGUGUAUAUGCAACCUAAAAAAACAGAAAUUCGUUAAUGUUAAAAAAUAUUUUUUCCUUUUUAUUUUAAUCUUUCCUAGAUAAUGUAAUCAACAAUAUAAUUCGAAUAAUUUUUCUUUAUAUUCGUAAUAUCAUAUAACUUCAUAAAAUUAAAUAUUGAAAAAUCGGAUAAUAUGAUUUGUUACGUUUUUAAUAAAAAUUGUUAAGAAUUUUUUUUUAUUACAGGAUCGUUAAUUAAAUAUAUUUAAAUAUAUUUAUAUCAAUUUGCUGCAAUAUCUUAAAAAAGAAAAUACUUAAGUUUUUUCUUUCCAUUUUCGAUUUUUUAAUAAAUAUGUGUACAUAUAUAUAAAUUAUGAUUUACAUUUUAUUUCAUACAAAUUUUUUUGAAUUUCUCUAUAUUUUCAAUAUUUAAAAUUAAAAUAAGAAAUAGCCUCUCAAAAAUAAAAAAAAAAAUAUAGUUAUGUAUAUGCAGUCCUUUUCAAUAAUAUUAAAAUUGCUUUGUAAGCACGAAACUUUGAAAAUAAAAAGAAAUAAAUUUUCCAAAAAAAAAGCAAAUAGUAUAAAGCUAUUAAUCUUUUGCUACAAAUAAUCCAAAUCACAUCCAUUUCCUUAAUUAUUAUUAUUAUUAUUACUAUUUUAAUCUUUAAUCCGUUAUAUUGUUUAUGAUGCUUUAAAAUGUAAAAAAAAAAACAAUGAUUUCAAAUAAUACAACUAUACGUACACAGAAAAUACAUUAAUUAUGAAGAAAAAUUUAUAAAAAAUAUUGUGUUUAAAUGGGCUGUUAGUUUGAUUUUUUAAUGCAGAUAUACAUAUUUCCUUAUUGAUAAUAACUGGAAUUUUUAUUAAUUAAUAAAAAUUACAUCAAAUGUGUUAUUCAUUAAUAUUUUUUAAGUAAUUUAAAUAUUAAUUUUUUUUUUGUUUAUACAUAAAUAUAUUUUAGUUUGAUUAUGAAAAGUUAAAAAAAAUGUUAGUAUCAUAUUAGUGUACCUACUAAUAUUAGUAUGUAAAUUUAUUUAAAAAUUUUAUAGUAAAAAUCCAAGCAAACAUUCAAAAAUAUAUAAUAUAAAAUUAUAGUAAAACUUUUAAUAUUAAUUUUUCUUUUUUGUUUUUAUUUUAAAUUUUAAGUAAUUGUUUUUAAUUCACUUUAUAACGAAAUUUUCCUUUACUCUCAAUUUAAGAGUUAUUCUCACCCUUAUAAAAAGAAAAAAAAAUCACGAUAUUUUCACUUUUAUACUAAAUUAUUAGGGAUUAUAAUAUAAAUAAUUAGAACUUUUAAAUAAUUUAUAAUAAGUUUUUGUAUCGAGUGAUAUUUGUGUAUGAUGAAAGAUUUUAUUGAAUAGAAAUAAAAUAGUGGAUGUUGAUGACGCUAAUUUAAUGGAUAAUUGAUAUGAGUAAUAUAGGGUUGUAAGGACACGAUUUAAAUAAUAAAUUUUAGUGAUCUUAAUUCGCGUGAAACACAAUAUAUAUAUAUAUAUAUAUAUAUAUAUAUAUAUAUAUAUAUAUAUAUAUAUAUAUUAUAAUAGCAUUAUGUAAAUAUAAUAAUUAAUCCGAAGUUGCUUAAAAAACAAAUAAAUAAAUACUUAUAUAUAUAUAUAUAUACAUUUAUACAAACGUACAAUGAUAAAUAAUAAUUAUUACUAUGCAUACUUUAAUAAAACUGUUGUUGCUGACAAAUGAUAAUAUUGCCCUAUAAAAAAAAGAUGAUCAUAGUAAUAUUUAUUAUUAAUUAAUGUAUUUGUAAUUUUAAUUUUAAUAAUAAUAUUAUAUUAAUACAUAGUAUAUUUUUUAGAUAUGCAUGUAUGUAUAUAUAAUCAAAGUUGCCUAAUGUUUGUUAAAUAGAUUUUUUAACAAAGGAUAACUAUAAAUUCAAAAACAAAAAAAUAUAGAAUUUUCAAGUGUACAUUAUAUAUGCGUGUAUAAUGUGUAUAAAUAUAUAUAUAUGUAAACAUAUUAUAUCUGUAAUCUAAUUCCUUUUGGAUAUAGAUAGUAUCAAGUUAGAUACAGUAUUCUAAGUGAGGAAUUCAAGAAAGCUGAAUAUUUAUGACUAUGGAUAUAAUAAUGAAGACAAAAUUUAUAUAAAUACAUAUAUAAAUUUAUAUAAAUUUAUAAAUACAUUAUAUAAAUUUAUAUAAAUAAAUAUAUAGAUAUAUAUAUAUGCACAUAUAUGUGUGUAUACGUAUUACGUAUAAAAUUAUAAUAAACUAUGAUAAAAUGAAAAGUAAUUAGCAAGUUUUGAAAUUUAUGUAAUUUACAAAUACAUAUUAGUUUUAUAAUUUUUUUAUUUCUUUUUUUUAAUUUAUUUAAUUUUUUUUUAAUAAUUAAGACAUUAUCAAGCCAAUAAAAUACGAUUUCAUUCUUUUCAAAUAUACUAUUAAUUUAUAUAAAAUAAUAAUAAAAAUUUAAUAAAAUACAAAAAAAUACAAUAUUCAUUCUUUUUUUUUUCAAUACACAAUUACAUAAAAUAUGUCAAAGAUAAGAAUUGUAUCUAUAAAUAAUAAUCUAGCGUAUAUAUUUUUUCAUUUGUUAUCAUAUUUUAAAAAAGAAAAGAAAAUUAUUGUAAUUAAAAAAAAAUUCAUUCAUAUAACCUUUAUACAUGAAAUUAAUAUAAAAUUAAUGAUAAUUUAGUUUUAAGGAAAUUAAAAUAGAAUAAAACAAUUAAAAACUAAAUAUAAUUUAAUUUAGAUAAUAUAUACAUAAAUGUAACAAAAGCGUUAGAAGAGGAAUAAAAAUAUUCGAAAAAAAAUUAAUCGGAAUUUGUUUUAAUUUCGAAAAAAUAAAAAAAAGUAUACAUAAAAAAAAAAAAAAAUUCAACAAAACAAAUUUUUAGAAAUUACAAAAUAUAAUUUUUAUUUUUUCUAUCUAAAAUAUUAAAAUGAUAAACAGUAAUAUAAAUAUUAAGUAAAAAAAGCUAAAGAAUGUAAUUGAUUCUAAUUAUUAUUUUCGAAUGUGUAAUUUGCAUAAUUCUUACAUUGUAUGCGUAUAAAUUUUAUGUAUAUAUUUAUGUGUAUGUACACAUAUAUAUAUAUAUAGAUAUAUUAAAAUUUUUAUGUAAUUUUUAAUUAAUUUUAACUCUCGUUUACAAUUUCAAAACAAAGAU